UUUGUCCUUAUUGUUCCAUUUCUCCCACUGGAUUGGGAAGAAGCGAAUCUAAAAGAAGAAGUGGGGUUAUGUCCUAUUCAUUUAAAGUGAAAAAAUCAGCAUUUGAGUUUACUCAAAUAAAAUGAGCCAAGUUACUAGUUCCUAUACGUAUUCAGAUGCUAUAUAUGGAUUCCAUCAUCCCAUAACUAUACCCUAUGAAAAUUCAAUACAAGAACUUGCACAGUAUUUGUUGAUAAAACAUGAUCUACCAAUAUACGCAAAAGAAGCUCUUGAAAUUAAUUUGAAAGAGUUUAUUGAAGAUAGAACUAAGGAAUAUUUUCAAAGAACCACGCAUGAACUCAUCAAUAAAGCCCGAAAUCAUGAAAUUAAUGUAGACGAUAUCAUAAAGGAUUGGGAAAAAGUUAUGAGAGAGGAAAUGGUAGAAUUUGGCGAAAAAAAAUGCGCCUCAGAUGAAGAGUUAUUUGCUAUCGCCUACCAUAAAUUAGUGCACUCACCCGCACUGGAAACAAUGUUGCAAUUAGAGCACAUGUAUUCUAAAACUGUGCGGGAAAAAACAGAAGAGAAAAACGCUUCGAUAAAAAAAUUAUCUGAAAAGCAAAGUCAAGAGAUGAACCAAGCAGUAGACAAAUUAGAAAAAGGCAUGACGGAAUCUAAAAUAAAUGACUUGGUUGCGAAACAUUAUGAAACCCAUUCCUUGCUUCAAGGUCGAUUGACAAGCGAACUGGACACUAUUAAAGAAGCCCAGCGACGCGAAUAUAGGGAAUGGAUAAUGCAAAUGGUUGAGCAAAACCAAGCAAUUUCGUCACUUCCCGCACCAAGGUAUUUAUCGCCGGAAUCGUUUUUUUUUUUUGUUCUAAAUUAUCUUUUAAGUUCUCCAUUGACACCACCAGCUUUUAACGCAUUUACAUCAAACACUCAUAAUAGGAAUAUGGAUAAUAUGAAUGCGGGAAUCUUGGAAGAAAGUUUUACCAUACACUUAGGUUCUCAGUUAAAACAAAUGCAUAACAUUCGAAUUUUAUCUGCUAAUGUGAUGGAUCUUUGCACUGUUCAGGAUGCGGAGGAAUUAUCUGAACCGACUCCCCAGAUAUUACAAACUGCUCUCGGUUUGUAUUCAAACGAUCUUUCGGGUUUAGUUUUAAUGACGGACAACAAAAUAGGGUCGCGUUUAACUCAAGAGUUUCAAGAAAUGUGUCAGAGAAGUACAGAAUUUCAUUUUCCUCAUAUCGACGAUCAACUAAACCACAUAUCAAACGAAGUGCAGCAGUAUUUAAAAAAAAACGGAGGGGAAACCAAUAGAAAUGCAAAUAGCGAACUUUUGCAACCUGGCGAUUUUUAUAUGACGAAACAUUCCAACUUGGCGCAAGUUCACGUAAUUUUUCACAUAGUUUCCGAUGAUAGUUUGCGAGGAAGCGAUAUAAACAGCAGACAUCCGGUUGUUUUGGGGUUGCGACACAUAUUAAAGACCGCAUGCUCUAAUGACGUCACUUCCCUCACGAUACCACUGCUUCUUCAAUACGAUAUGACCGAAGACAUGACUAUUUCUUGGUGCGAGAAACGCGCCGAGCUGGUUUUUAAAUGUGUUAAAGGCUUCAUGAUAGAAAUGGCGUCAUGGGGCGGGUCCGAUUUGAAAAACUUACAAUUCAUGUUGCCGCAAGGCAUUUCUCACGCCGUUUUUGCGUCACUUACCGAAAUGUUGCCUAGGAUAUUCAAGGAAAGCAACCCGAAAAUUCUAAAAUAGGAUGUUUAAAAUAAAAAAAACAAAUAUGUUCAUUUCCUUUAGGUAUACCCGAUAAUUAAUGUUAAGACGGAAUAAAACGUCGCUGCUUUUAAACUUGUUUUCU